AUGAGCACUUAUUUGGAUGCCAGCAAUGGCCCGCCGGCGGAUGAUUCGAUGCCGAGCUACGAGGAGGCGGUCGCGGAGGGUGCGCAGCGGCAGCGGAACACGGCGAGGACACACUCCGUCUCGGGGUCAAUACAGUCGCUCAACCUCCACGACGGCACGCUGCCGCCCUCGAUCCUGCGGCUCAAGCACCUCGGUCGCACAAUGUGCCAGAAUGGCCCCGUCACGGCCAUCACCGUCAGCCCAAAGGGCUACGUCGCCACAUCCCAGGACAACACGGGCACGGCGCUGCCCUCCAGCACCAAGAUCUGGGACUUUUCGCAGAAACCUGGCGGCGCCGGAGGCGCGAGGCCGGUGCCGUCGGACAUUGGCAACGAUGCGCCCGUCGUCGUCUUUAGCCCCGACGGGAAACUCACGGCCGUGGUCGAAAAGGACGCGGGCUGGAAGCGGGAGUGGCGGGUGAAGCUCCGCGCGGGGGAGGAAGGGCGAGGGGUGCGGUGCGCGCUCAACGGCGUGGGGAGGCCGGCGGCGUUCAGUCCGGACGGGAAGAAGUUUGCGGCGGCGGACCCGAUGGGUGUGGUGGUGGUGUUUGAGGCGGCGACGAGCCCGCCGGGGAUGCCGCCGACGAAAAAGGUGGCGGGCGUUGUGAACCACGCUGCGCCGACGCACGUUCUAUUCAUGCCCAACGGCGCUGACCUCGUGACGAUGUCGAGGGACGGCACGGUAAGGAUCUCGGAGGCCAAGACGGGGAAGACGCUGCGGCGGAUGGAGGUGGACGGAGUGGUGACGGGGACGGGGACGGGGGCGCGGGCGUUGGGCGUUUCGCCGGAUGGGAGGGUCGUGGUGUCUGUCUGGGCGAGGGCUGUGUAUGUUUGGGAGCACGAGGCCGGGCGGGUGUCGAGCUGGGAGAUGAAUAAGGUGCGGAACAAUGAGGGUUGGCCGCUGGCGGUGUCACCGGAUUGUCGGUUCCUGGCGUGUCGGACAGAGGAGGGGAUGGAUAUCUCGGAUGUAUACUCCGGACAGGUUCUGGCCGAGGUGACUACGGCGGCGGGGAUCGACGGGUUGGUUACGGCGGCGGCAUUCUCGAUGGACGGCAAGAUGAUGGCUGUUGGAAGGCAUAGCGGUGUGGUUGACGUGUGGAAUUUGGCACCCUACGGAGAUUGA